AUGAAUAGACAAACACCAACAGUCCGCACAACCAUCAACCCAUUUCUUAUGAUGCCAUCCACGCCAAAGCGAGAACAAAUUAUCGACGGUGGCAAGCGAAAACGCAUGUUUGACCUAGACCGCCUUUAUGCGCCCUCUCUCACAUCCACCAGCACUGCUGGAACCAAGCGAAGAAUUCUUAUUGACGGAGCAAGAACUCCCACUUUUGAAGCUGGUCUUGAACGGAUGCGUCGAGGAGAUGCCUUGAAUAGACUUCGAAUGCUUCAAAAAGAGAGCGAAAAGGUACAGAAGGAAUCACAAAAUGCUGAGAAGACUGAUGAGUCGACCCACUCUGGAAGCAUUCCAAAUCUCGCCGGUCGCAGGUUACCAAAGAGGAACAGCAGCUUUGCCCAUUCUGCUUAG